GGAGGAGGAGGAGGAGGAGGAGGUGGUGGUUGGUGGAGGAGGAGGAAGCAGAGGAGGACGCUCCCCUGUUUCUUGCUCCUCCCCUGCGUCGCGUCGUUUCUUGGCCGGGCGGCGAUGGGGUGCGCGGCGUCCAAGGGCGCGGCGGUGGCGUCGCCGGUGUAUGAGGUGACGACGACGUCGUCGUCGUCGGCGUCGUACAGUGUGUCCAGGAGCGCGUCGGCGUCGGCGUCGGGGGCAAGGGAGGUGUCGAUAUGGAGCCGGCCGGUGCGGCUCGAGGCGUGCGAGGACGACGGCGAGGGGAAGAAGGAGGUGGUGGUGCGUGGCGGCGGCGUCGAGUACUCGGCCGUGGUGGGCGGCAUGCGGCUGGGGAACAUGCACCGGUACGUGGAGGCGGAGCAGGUCGCCGCCGGGUGGCCGUCGUGGCUGAGCGCCGUCGCCGCCGAGGCCGUCCACGGCUGGGUCCCCCUCAAGGCCGAGAACUUCGAGAAGCUCGACAAGAUCGGGCAGGGGACGUACAGCAGCGUGUUCAGGGCGCGGAGCCUGGAGACCGGGAAGCUGGUGGCGCUGAAGAAGGUGCGGUUCGACAGCGUGGAGCCCGAGAGCGUGCGCUUCAUGGCGCGCGAGAUCCUCAUCCUCCGCCGCCUCCAGCGCCACCCCAACGUCGUCUCCCUCGACGGCCUCAUCACCUCCCGCUCCUCCUCCACCCUCUACCUCGUCUUCGAGUACAUGGACCACGACCUCGCCGGCCUCUCCUCCGACCUCUCCCUCUCCUUCUCCGAGCCCCAGAUCAAGUGCUACAUGCGUCAGCUGCUGCUGGGGCUCGAGCACUGCCACGCGCGCGGGGUGAUGCACCGCGACGUCAAGUGCGCUAACCUGCUCGUCAGCGACGCCGGCGAGCUCAAGGUCGCCGACUUCGGCCUCGCCAACGUGUUCUCGAGGUCGGCGUCGGCGGCGGUGCCGAUGACGAGCAGGGUGGUCACUCUGUGGUACAGGCCGCCGGAGCUGCUGCUGGGGUCCACGGCGUACGAGGCGACCGUCGACCUGUGGAGCGCCGGGUGCGUGUUCGCCGAGAUGCACGCGCGGCGGCCGGUGCUGCAGGGCCGGACGGAGGUGGAGCAGAUCCACCGGAUCUUCAAGCUCUGCGGCUCGCCGGCCGAGGGGUACUGGCGCCGCGCCGCGGAGGCGUCGCCGCACGCCGCCGUGUUCCGGCCGCAGCACCCCUACGAGUGCCGCCUCAGGGAGACGUUCCGGGACAUGCCCGACGCCGCGUUCGAGCUCCUCGAAAAGCUACUCUCCGUCGAGCCCGCCGCCCGCGGCACCGCCACCGACGCCCUCGCCUCCGAGUAUUUCAGGACGGAGCCGUACGCCUGCGAGCCUUCGAGCUUGCCCAAGUACGCACCCAACAAGGAGAUGGACGCCAAGCUUCGAGAAGAUUCUAGAAGGAGGGGCAAUGCCGUUAGGAACCACGGCUGCGGCGAGGCGGCGAAGAGGCUGUCGCGGGCGCACAAGAGCAUGCAGGACACCGCCGCCGCCGCCGCCGCCGCAGGCCAGACGCACGGCCACGGCCACGUCCACGCCGAGGAGUCGCUCCCCGCGGCCGGCGGCGGCGAGGCGAGGCUGUUCGUCGACCUGCAGCCGGUGCCGGUGAUCGCCAGCAAGCGCCACGACGACCCGCCGCCGCCGCUGCCCCGGACCUACCAGGACGACGCGCCGCCCCGCCUCGCCGACCACCUCCCACUCUCCGGCCCGGUGCAGCUCACCGCCUCCACCGGCUUCGCCUGGGCCAAGAAGCCCCGACCGGACCCCACCGCCACGACAACGACCACCACGAAGCGGGGCUCCACCAAGGUGCCAAGAACCAACAGCAAUGGCGCCCACGCCGCCGGCACAAGAGCCGUCACAUCCUACGAGGCGGAGAAGCAGGAGAUGAUCAAGCAGUGGGCGCAGGUCGCCGACGCGUUCACCUCGUCGGACGCAUUCAACAGCCGGCCCUGCGAGCCCAUGGCCGCCACCACCAAGCAGCAGCUCAAGAGCAGCAAGAAGCACAAGCUCGUCGGCGGCGCCGGGAGGAUGGACAGGGUGGGGUUCUCGGGGCCAUUGCUGUCGCAGCCACGGCGUAUCGACGAGCUCCUCCACGACCACGAGCAGCAGAUCCGGCGAGCCGGCCGCCGCUCAUGGUUCCACAAAGGCAGCAAGAGGGAGCAGCAUUGAGGAAGCAGACAGACAUGGCAUGAUCACAUCACAUCACAUCUCAUCUCAUCUCAUCACACACACAAACACAGAGCACAAGAGGAGCAUCAUCAUCAAAUGCACAUGUCAUCACAAAGGAAGAAGAUGAGCACCAUACUUUGGUUAGGACAAUCAUCAGGGGAGACAAACUGGUGUGGAGGGUUGUCAGUGUCAGCUCACCAUCUGAAAAAAAGGAAAAUUUUCUGAACAUCUGAUGCAAUCAAAAACCUUGGCUCUGCCUGAACAAAAAACUUCACAGGAUAGAAAGUAUGGAUCAUGGAUUGGAUUACUCAAGAAUGAAAAUGAUGCUGUCCAAAGGCCUUGUGUAUAGCAAAAGAUUGUAUAGGGUUUGCAAAACUCAUAAUGCUGCUGUCUGUCUGUUUCUCUGGCAGUCAGUCACCUGCAAACACUGCCUUAGCUUCUUCCAUCAUUAGUUAUGGUCUGGAAGAGCAAAUGCUGCAUUUUUCUGCUGUGGCACCUGUUUGAUUCUGCUGACAUUGUUGAUACGGGAGAUAAUCUGGUUUAGCUUCCUGGUUUUGUCUGUUUUAUUGGACCUUUUGAAUUUUGCAUUUA